GAAAGUACUGAGACACGUAGUUGAAGUGGGAGGGUCUAGCUGAGGCCGUCUCCCGAGUGGUGUAUAUUUAUCUGUAAGUGAGCUGCUGGGAAGGAAUUAGAGACGCUGCCUGCCGCUGCCUCCGGCAGCCAAGCCCAGCCGAGCCAGUCUGAUUUGCUUUAACUUGUAAGAUACCCAACUUGUUUUAUUUUCUCAGAAUCAUUGUGUGGCUAAGUCUGGGGACGCUGUUUUCUUUUACAAAGGGAAAUCUAAGUUCAUUUCAAGGCAUUCGAAAUGGGGAAAGACUAUUAUCACAUUUUGGGAAUUGAAAAAGGAGCUACAGAUGAAGAUAUUAAAAAGGCUUACCGAAAACAAGCCCUCAAAUUUCAUCCGGACAAGAACAAAUCUCCUCAAGCAGAGGAAAAAUUUAAAGAGGUCGCAGAAGCUUAUGAAGUACUGAGUGAUCCUAAAAAGAGAGAAAUUUAUGAUCAGUUUGGUGAAGAAGGCUUGAAGGGAGGCGCUGGAGGCACUGACGGACAAGGAGGUACCUUCAGGUACACUUUCCACGGGGACCCUCAUGCCACGUUUGCAGCCUUUUUUGGAGGUUCCAACCCCUUUGAAAUUUUCUUUGGGAGACGGAUGGGUGGAGGUCGAGAUUCUGAAGAAAUGGAAAUAGAUGGAGAUCCCUUUAGUGCCUUUGGAUUCAGCAUGAAUGGAUAUCCAAGAGACAGGAAUUCUGUGGGACCCUCUCGUCUCAAACAAGACCCUCCCAUUAUUCAUGAACUUAAAGUAUCACUUGAAGAAAUAUAUAGUGGCUGCACCAAACGGAUGAAGAUUUCUCGAAAAAGAUUAAACCCUGAUGGAAGGAGUUACAGAUCUGAGGACAAAAUUCUCACUAUUGAGAUCAAAAAAGGGUGGAAAGAAGGCACCAAAAUUACUUUUCCGAGAGAAGGCGAUGAAACACCAAAUAGUAUCCCAGCAGACAUUGUUUUUAUUAUUAAAGACAAAGAACAUCCCAAAUUUAAAAGAGAUGGAUCAAAUAUAGUUUAUACUGCUAAAAUUAGUUUACGGGAGGCAUUGUGUGGCUGCUCAAUUAAUGUGCCAACAAUGGAUGGAAGAAACAUACCUAUGUCAGUCACUGAUAUUGUGAAACCUGGGAUGAGGAGAAGAAUUAUUGGAUAUGGGCUACCAUUUCCAAAAAACCCUGACCAACGCGGUGACCUACUGAUAGAAUUUGAUGUGUCCUUCCCAGACGUCAUCUCCGCAGCAUCCAAAGAGAUCCUUAGGAGGCACCUCCCUGCCUCAUAGAAUGAGAAGAACCUCGCUGUCCAUAUUUUGAUAAGACACUGAAAAUCUAAAAGUACUGGCAGUUGACUGAUGUGAAUUCUGUAUAAAGAUGUGUAAACCCUUCCGAGGGCUCAUUAAAUUGCGUGAUUAGAGACGGGUCAAGUAGGCAAAGUGGAUUUGUACAGUAGAGAUGAAAUGUCAUUCACUGUACUCUAUUUCAUUUCUCCCAAAUCAGAAACUUUCAGUAUUUCAUUUAUUAGUAAAAGUUGGUUUUGUGGUCUAUAGAUAGACUUCUAGUAAAGUACUAGAUCAUCCACGUA